AUGUGAUAGAAAAAUAAACAUGUGCUAAUUUUCGACAUUGUUCAUGUUACGCAAAAUUGUUCAAGUUAGCAAGUUUUUUUAAUUCUUUUAAAAUAAAAAAAGCAAAACAAACUUGAUUCAGUAAGACUGAAGUAGGCUACUCUCCUUCAAAAUGUCAAAUCUUGUGUUCUCUAUCAAAGUCAAUGGCUGCAGAUGUGCGAUUCUUCGAAAGUCACCUGAUAUGGGUGAUGAUCAUAAUCAUCCGAGCAUUCAAUAAUACAUUUUUUUUUUGAAAUUCUAGAAUUUUUGGAAUUUAACUGAUAUUUUUAUUUUUUCCGUUUUUGCAGUGAAAUACAAGAGAAAUGACGCCUCUAUUACAAGCAUAGCCACAGAUAGAGCGACAAUCCAAGCUAGGGCUGCUGAGGUUGAGUCUUUCUAAUUACGGGUUGGACGAGUAGUUCACACCAUAAAUAAUUGGUUGAGCAAGGACAGUUUCGCGCACUCCGUACCAUCCGACGUCGAGCGGUGAGAUUAGACGACCUCACCUUUGUAUGUCUUGGCUUUGGGAUAGGUAUGACGAGCUUGUUGAGGCACAAAUGUAUGAGGCUGCCACUAGGGUGUACAUGUUAUAUCCAGUAGCAUGCACUCUCUUUGCGAAUAAGUCUCAUGUUUAUAUUCAUGUUAUGUACAUGUGGCUGUUCAGUAGCCUUGACGAUAUCAGUUGGACUUGGGGUUGCGUUGUGUUGACCAUCCUAUAUACAUCACUUGGAGUUGCGACUGUCUUUGAGACCAGACAACUUGCUGGUUAUUUAAGUCUAUUACAAUGCUGGAUAUACGAGUAUUUUUCCAUCAUCUGUGAUAGGAGGGUGCAACAUUCCCCUGCCCCACAUGCGAGGAAAUGGAAGACCAUGCAUGCAUAUCCCAGUGGUCUUGUGGAGUAUAUGAGAAGGCUUGAUGUGCUGACUAUAGAUGAUGCCAUAUGGACACCAUACACAGGUCACAUAGUCCACCGUGAGUUUGAUGACUCUUCUUUAUAUUCUGGUUUUAUGCGAUGGGAGACCUUAGUCGCUAGACACUUGUCUGAGAGGUGUUUACGACAAUAUGUUAUGUCUAAUACAUCCCACGACCAGUUCUGGAUAUUCCAUCUACGAGCAUUGACAAGUGAUUUCAGAGUAACAUCAUUAGCUCUGGUCGUGCCAUUAGAGAUCGCGCAGUGAGAGCUCAGCACGUCUUGCAAUGUGAGGAUGGUUACUUGCAGUGGUACCCCACUGUAUCACACCCUCACAUCAUCCCACAUGUCGAGCAUACAGAUAAUAUUGGGCCUUCCGAUGUCGGGGUACUUGUCGAUGACGUGUUGUCACCGCCACCACCUCUAGCUGAUGCCGAUGAUCAGCAUUGCAGAUGAUUGCAAUUAUUAUGGAUAGCCUCAUGGGUUUAAUAAACCAGAUGGUGAGGUUUUUACUAGAUUAUCUCGGACAACACACAUAGGUCGUGGGGGCCUAUUUAGAUAUUAUUAUUAUUAUUAUGCAUUAUUUGUAUAUUAUUUGUAUAUUAUGUGUAACAUUACUCAGGCAUCUGCACAACACUUUAUUAGAUAAUAUUUUGGAUCUUC